ACAGGUAGGGCUAGCCGCCGCCGGCCUGCCUCCACCACUGCCAGCCCGCCGCCGCGGCGCGCCCAGCCGGCCGAAGCCUCCGCUGCCCCGCCGCCGGUACAGGAGCCCAGCAGCGCCUCCCUCCGUCGAGCAGCCGCUCCCACCAGCACCGCCUCCCUCUCUGGAGCAGCCGCUCCCGCCCAGCAGCGCCUCCCUCUCUGGAGCAGCCUCUCCCGCCCAGCAGCGCCUCCCUCUCUGGAGCAGCCGCUCCCGCCCAGCAACGCGCCGCUCUGAGCCACGCCGGCGACCAGUCCAUAGGCAGUUGGAACAGGGCAUCAACAUUGUCAAUUUGAGGGGCUUGCAGCUGCUUUGGCAUCCACAGUAGAGCAAAUAAGAAGAUGGAGAGGCUUGGAGCUGCUUCGGCAUCCUCAGGAGAACAAACAAAAAGGGUGGGGGAGCCAAAACGAGAGCAAAACUUGGUGAAGGUGGGAAUGGACACCUGGAACCAGUUCGGUGCAUCCUAUAAGAUCAGGUUGGUCCAUAUCCUUAAGAACCUCCACACUUCGGAGGUCAAAAUCUACUCAGACGCGUCGAGGGAGUUCAUCGAGCUAUUGGACGGUGAUUCUGGUGGUGAGGUGCUACGGGACUAUGUCCAGCAGUCCCCGCGGCUCGUGGAGCUGAUGGAGGCAUGGCGGCUGCACCGGGAGAAGCCAGGGAUGGCGUACAUACUUUCCCUGUUUGCCACUGUCCUGGGCAACCCCGGUGGCAAGUCGCGGCAGCAUGCUUUUUCUAAGAAGUGCUUGGACGCCGUUGCUAGGACGAUACUGGAGGAUAAGGACAAGGUGGGGGAUGUGUACCGUGAACUCAACAGUGGCGAGUUCCGGCGCCAGAAUGCUGCAUUGGAUUUGCUUGCUGCCAUUGUCAGGCGUGGUGCGGGGCUGGCGUCGGAGGUUGCCGAGAGCUUUGAUUUCAAGAUGGCUGUUGUGACGCAACUAGCAGGGAUACAGAAGAAGAGAGGGGGCAGGGAUGGGAGGAAUCAGAAAAAAGGUGCUAAUUUUGGCUCUACAAGGCGAUCACUUGUUGGGUUUGCCAUGUCGUUCCUUGAGGUUGGGAACCCGAAGCUGCUAAGAUGGGUCCUUCAACAGAGGGAGCUUUACUCAGGGGUGCUACGCGGGAUUGGAGAAGAUGAUGCUGAGACUGUUGUGUAUGUCCUCUCAACACUGCGGGAUAAUGUUUUGGUAGAGGAGUCACUUGUCCCACCAGGGCUCCGCAGUGUCCUUUUUGGAAGUGCCACAUUGGAACAGCUGAGCUUGAUAUCGGGGAAUUUGGAUGCAGGUGAAGCAGCUGACCUUGCUCAUCAAGUGCUGGUCAUGGUCUGCACUGAUCCAAAAAAUGGAUUAAUGCCAUCCUCACAUUUGAGAGGUAACGAGAAACGCUUGCUGGAUCUGAUGAAGAAGUUGAAGUCUACUGAGAGCGUUCACCACAAGAAUCUGUUGCUGGCUAUUGUUAGUAAGAGGCUUUCUUUUUGCGCGGCAUACAUGAAUGAGUUCCCUUACAAUAUUGAACCACGGCCAUCCCCCUCUUGGUUUGCUGCCAUCUCCCUAGCAGCGGAUAUAAUAUCUUCAGCAAAAACUGAUAGCAUAUUUCAUAGUUUCCUGUCACAUGAUCUGGUAUCCGUCGAUGAUGAACAAGUACAGGUAGUUCUGAAGUGCAUCGUGCCCCAUGUAUGCUCUCGAGCAGUGAUAAAUAGGGGAUUGCAGCAUUCUGAUGAUCUUGUGAAGCAUGGUUCUCUGAGGCUUGUUUUUGAGUCAGUGAACCUACUGUGCUGUGUUACUGAAGCAAUCAAUGGUGUGGUAUCAAGUGUGGGAUCAACAUCAGAAUCCAGUAGCUCAACAAAAGGGAAAAUCAGAAUGAACAGUUUCCCAGGAUUAAGUUGUUCCACUGCAACGGAUGCAUUCUUGGUAGAUAAACUUAACCAGGGAGACCAAAUGCGUGUCAAGAGGUGGAUAUCUCUGAGAGAAUACAUUCAAGAUGAAGUGCGCGGAGCUAUUCCUGAUCCACAGGUCCUUCUGAAGUUACUUUCUUCUGCCAGUCAGAAACACCAAAAUUGUUCUCAGAGUAGACUUGAGAGACGUGCUCAGGUUUCUGAGCCUCCUCAAAAGAAACAGAGAUGUAAUGCUAUCGAUGAGGACGAUGAUAUUAUUAUUGGUGGAAUUGAUGUUGAGUGGGCCAAGGAUGUAUCUGAAGAGCAAGACCAAGACUUGGCAAGCGAUCAUGCUACCACUCUGUGUGAGAUAUGGGGCUUAGAUAAGCAAGAUCUGGAGAUGAAAGAUGCAGAAGUGGUAGACAGUGUUUUCCACUCGAAGUUGCUUGAUGUUCUCCGGCUCUAUUUGAGGGUAAUGCCCAGGUCAUUUGAUGGAUCAUUUGACUUCUUUAGGGUUAUACCACCUAAUCCGUUGGAUCUAUCCAAGGAUGAGCAGCACUCCCUAUUGUCACUUUUAGUUGAGUAUUCAGGGCAACACGGGGGACAUUGGGACCCAGAGAGAGUUCCAGAAUCAAUGUACAAGCAUUUGCAACCACUGAUUGACAUCAUGUUGCACUCACCAGUUAAGAUCAUCCGUGAGCAAGCGUUCAUUUUAGUUAGAGCUGCUCUAGCAAGUUCUGGUGCGUUUGAUCAGAACUUUGCGGAGAUUGAUGCAUGGUUAGUUUUCUUGCCUGGUUAUGAAGCCAAAUGGUGUGUAAGAGAGAGCCUAGGAGCUAAUAAAUUGUCACAAAUUGUGAUCCCUUUCCUCUGCGAUGCUGUUUCAAUGGUUGGGAGCAAUUUGUACAAAUACCAAGAUUACAUGCGGAAGUUCAUCUCUAAAUCAGGCCAGCUUGAAGUCUAUUCUCCAGCUUUCAGUCCUCUGGUUAUUUGUGUUCUUCAGAAAUGCCUUAGGCUACUUGACUCUGAGUCUGGAGGUAUGAAAGUACAUGAGAAGUCGACAAUUUCAUUAUAUGUGUGCAACACAAUCUACCUUAUUCUGCAGUCCCAGGUAGAUGCUCAAUUAUUGCUUGACCUUAUUGGUGCUGUUCUGAAUCAGAGAUUUGAUAUUUUUUCACCGGAAGAACUACAGUCUAGGAUUUAUCUUGCUGAAUGGAGGCCAUUCAUUAAUUUGUUGCAUAUCUCUAGGAAUAUCUCGGACCAACAAAAUUCUAGUUUGUUCACAGCUGCGGAACAUUCUUCUGAACUUCAUUCAAACUCUUUGUCCUCUGUGAUUAGAAAGGUUCAAGAAAUGUUAAGUCAGCAACACACUAAUUUGCCAGAUGAUGUAGCGACUGCAUUCUUAUUUUCAAUCAUGUGUGCAGCUCCACAGGACAUUAUCUGUAGCUUUCCAGAGCUUCUUGAUGUUGUGAAAACACACUGUCCUUCUCAUAUGCAAUUCUUGUCGUCAGUUCUUUAUCUGCAACAUGAUUACCUAGCUGAAAUUGCUACUUGUUGGCCGGAUAUUUUCUUCUGUAGUCUCAGACAGAUCGAGGGUAAUCUUGAUGUUGAUGAGGGCAAAUGUCAAAACCACUCAAUUUCUGCAGAAUUGACUGCAUUGAGUACAUUCCUAAAUGUGACUCCGUUCUGUGCACUCUUACCUUCAGUAUUAAGCCUUGUGUUCUCUGGGCCAGCUAAAACUGGGGAGGCACAUGCAUUGCUACUUGAUGCACUUGUCCGACUUAUUCGAGCUAAGCUUUAUGAAAGCACAAUCAGUGAGUUGACAUUUAAUCUGAGAGUCAUAUUAUUCUGGAGCCAUCGCUUGCUGUUGUCAUACACUAGGAAGGGUUCAAAUGUUCUUGAAGAACUUUGCCAUGUAUGCUCCACUCUUGUUGAUAGCAUAUUUGAGCACAUCCGAGUUUUGGCUGCUGAUACUGCUGACUUGAAUGCUUCAGUGGAAUGUUUCCAAGAUAUUGUUGAAUCGGUUCUCCACCAUCCUACUAUUGACCUGCCAUGUUCCUUAUCCAAUUGCCCGGACUUGACAGAUGGGAGUGUGGAACAUGUGGAAGAAGCAUUUACUAGUUUUUCAAAGGAAAAUCUGCACCUUGUAGAUGGUUUUGUUGUGAAUCUUCUUAGUAAACUAUAUGACCUUUUACUGUUGGCUGAAAAUGAUGGUCAGUCCUUAGAGUCGCUGUUUGCUUCCCCAAAGGCCAUGCUAGAAAAAAUACUGCUGUUGUUCAAGGAUAAAUUUCAAGUCUGCAUGGACAAUGGAAACUUUGGACUGCUUUUGCCAAAUUUCUACAUGGUUCGGGCAUUGAAAAAAUUCAUGUCCCCUGUCAGACUUCUAGAACUUGUAAAUUGGAUGUUCUCAGAGUUAGAAAGUCGUGGGUCGAGUUGUUCAGCUGCAUUUGCCCCUGCUGCUUUUGUAUGUCUAUCUGUUGCUGAUAUUGCCAUGGAAUUACUGUAUGAUUAUCUACAACAAACUGAUCAGAGAUCAGAAUCCUGUCAAUUAUGGGGCUUGGAGAUUCGAAGUUCAGAUAUUGCCACCAUUCAGCGAGUAUAUCAUUUCAUUCUCCAUUUUACUGCUAAACUGAAUCUCGAAUCUGCUGAUGUUUGCUUGCUGAAGAUGUUGAUUCGUAUCCAUAAUGCAGAAAGAUCUGCAGGACAGAACACUGAAUAUACUGCAUUCCACAUGAUGUUAUCUACCAUGGCCACCAACACCCCCCUUAGCAUUCUUCAUCACUGUAUGUUUCCCACAUCUAAGGUUAAAGCAAAAGUUUUAUGGUUGCUUUUGGAAGUAAGCCCUAUACACAUGAACUUUUUUGGCCAGAUGUUGAUGAAAGUUCUAGAAGAAGACACUUCUAUUCUGCAAGGCAUGGAUUACAAUUCUGAUUCUUCAUGGGCUCAUGCGGAUAGCUCUAUACUUCUGCUGCCUGCUGCUUUGUCAUACAUGAGGCAUCACAGUGAUGGCCAUAUGCAGUGUGCUGAAUUCCUUGAGCCACUUGCAAAAUUUUACUGUGAAAUGCUAUUAGGUGAUAAUGGGUUUCCAUGUUGGAAAAGUUUUAUUACUAGGACCAUUUUUGAGGAAAAUUUUGGUGACUUUCAACAUGAAUCAGUUCCAGAUAUGAUGGAUUAUUUCAGUGACACUCUCUUGGGGAAGUCUGUUACCAUGUUGCACUACUGCUUGUCUUUAAAAGAAAUGCCCCGGAAGCAACGCUUGGAAAUAGUUGCUUCACUUUGUCCACAAUCUUCUGGCCUAUUAGAUUUUGAUGUCAGUGAUAUUAAUCCUGACUCGCACAAAGGUCAUCUGAAGCUUACUAAUGAAUUGCUUGCAAAGAUAUCAUUGAUUAGGUUGUUGCUGUCUCCUCCCAGAAGAUUGUCGUCUAAUGAGACAGCAUCAGACAGGGAGUCCAAGAGAGUGAGCAAUGCUAAGCUGAAUUUCAUAAGCAUCUUGGUCAGAACUUUGGAUCAAAUACUCAGGAAUUUCCCCCGCUGUGAUGGCUUAUCACACUCUGAUAAACAACAAAGGAUCAUCCGUUCUUUGGAAUAUACAGUUCUCAAGAAUAUUAUCGAACUGUCUUCAGAGAUUCAAACUCAUCUGAACCAAUUGAAGUCAAUACCUUUCCUUAACCAAUUCAUCAGAUCAUCUCUCUUGCACAGGUUCAAUGAUCAUGUCACACUAAAAGCAAUUCGAUGUGUUCUUGUUGUAUUAUCAGAAGGGAAGUUUCCUGCUGAUGAAAUUCUUGAGCUCAUACUGGGCCACUCCCAUUUUCUGUCGUCAAUAACCUGCAGUGAAGUUUCUGAAUAUUCAUCUGCAUUUAAUGCUACAGGGAGCCUUCUACAGCCAGCACCAGGCAUUUUAAAAUCAGUCGAUUCUCUUUUCACUAAAGAAAACGAGUUCCAUAUUGGCAUAGCAGAAACGAGAAAAAUAGAAAUCAUCAGAUUACUCAGGAUACUGUAUGAUAUUAAGAGUAGACAACAGAGUAAUGGCCUAUUGAAUGAAUCAAAAGAGCUAAGUUUCUUGCUUUUAUCUGUUUAUGGUGCAACUCUUAGCGAAACAGAUCUGGAGAUAUUUAAUCUUAUGAAUGAGAUAGAGUCACAUGAGUGCAAAACUAUCGCUGAAAUGGAUCAUCUAUGGGGGAGUGCAGCUGUUAAAUAUAGAGAAGAACUGAAACUAGAUUCUUCAAUAUCAGAAAUCCACAAAACAGAGAACACAGAAAGUAAUAGUAGGCGAAGGGCUCUAUUUCGGGAGAACAUACCAAUUGAUUCUAAGCUCUGUGUCAUGACAGUCUUGCAAUUUUGCUACAAAAGGUCUACAAGGACUUCUGUGUUCUCACUAGAACAGCUUCGUCAGGACAAAUUUGGUGAUAUUUUGAAGACAACAUCUCAAAGCACGGAUAUGGUUCGGAUUUAUGAUCCUAUGUUUAUCUUGCGUUUCUCGAUUCAUACUCUUCUCAUGGGUUACAUUGAGCCUGCUGAGUUCUCUCGAGUUGGGCUGCUUGCCAUUACGCUUGUUUGCAUAUCAUCUCCUGAUGAAGAAUUGAGAAAGCUGGGUUAUGAAUCUCUAAAUACAUUCAAAAAAUCACUCGAGGCUUCUCAGAAAAGCAAGGAAAAAUGGCAGCUCCAGCUUCUUUUGACAUAUCUACAGAAUGGGAUAUCCAAACCAUGGCAGAGGAUACCUUCCAUUAUUGCUAUUUUUGCCGCAGAAGCAUCAUUGACACUGCUGGAUAGCUCGCAUACUCAGUUCAAUACCAUAAGCAAAUAUUUGAUGAAUUCAGCCUCUGUCGAUAUGCAGAGCAUUCCAUUAUUUCCAACAUUAUUGAAGAGUAGUUCCGUGCAUUUCAAAGCUGAUCGAUUGUGGAUGCUUCGCUUAUUAUAUGCUGGAUCAAAUCUAGCUGAUGAUGCUACGAUAUGCAAGAACAAAAGUGUUUUAGAGCUUGCUCUUGCCUUUUGUUCUUCAGCUAUUUCAGAUUCUGAAUCGAAGCAUUUAAUCCUUCAGGUGCUAAAGAAGUGUGUGAAGCUGCCAGUUCUAGCACAGCAUUUAGUAAAAAAUUGUGGCCUUCUGUCGUGGAUAUCCUCUGUUAUUUCAACUCAUGGCAAAGGACUGGACAACAACUCUAGUUCCAGAAUAGUUGGGUUGGCAUUGGAGGUACUCGAUGUUUUGAUCUUAUCAAGAUUCAUUACGGAAUGGCUCCAAGAAACUGCACUUGAGCAACUGUCAGAAAUAUCUCAAUAUCUGUAUCUGCUAGUUGAAGAUGGAAAAUUAUUGAAAGGGGAUAUCACCAUGCUGAGUUCAAUUCUAAAUAUUAUUGCAUCUACAAUGAGGUUGUCUAUGAAAAGGAAGAUAUACCAACCGCAUUUUACUUUGUCCCUCCAUGGCAUAUUUAAGUUGUGCCAAGCUAUUGAUGGCAAUUCAAGAAGCAUCGAACUUAAGCCAUCAAUGGAACUUGGUACUGAUGUCGUCCUUAUGAACGGUCCUCUGCCAAUUAGUUCUGAAACGGAUAAGUCAAGAACUGUGAUGGUUGUUUCAUGGGUAACUUCCAAUAUCUUCUGGUUAUGUAAACAAAAGUCUGCGGUUGAAAUGUUAUGUGAAGAGCCGCUAAACAAUGAAUGUCGACUAUCAAAGAUAUUGCGUUGGUUAGUGGCUUCUGUAAUCCUUGGCAGGAUCUCCCGCAUCUCUCCUGAAAAGAGGGGAGGUCUUGCCACGAGCACAAAUAGUCCCGGAACUCUUCAGUCUUUCUUGAACCAUUCAUCUGAAACUGUUGAAAUGGUGGAUAGUCACGUUGCGAAUGAGGCGCUGGCUGCCAUUAUACUUUACCUACAAGGUCAUGUGAAAAAGAAGAGUGAUACUUUGCCGUCGGUCAUGACGGCUCUUAGCUUGUUACUUCUUGACAGAUGCAGCGAACAAGUUUUGGUUGAUGGCCGUGGACAAAUCGAAACGCUUUGCUCAAAGAUACAUUGCCCCGCCGAAUCUAAUCCCGCAUGGAGAUGGCAUUAUUAUCAACCUUGGAGAGAUCCUGCCCUGCAGCACACUGCGACAGAGCGCAUGGAAGUGGAGCAGUCAUGCCGAAGCCUGUUGAUCAUAUUUUCUAAUGCCCUGAGCGCUGCUGGGUUGCCGGCAGGUAUUCCAGUGCUGUCAGUUGGUGACAUUGAGAAGUCUGGGCUGUUCCAGUGGGAAAGAGACUCGGUGGUUGAGCAGCCUCACGCGUAGUUCGUGGACUGAUUUGCAGUUGACUAGGCUAGUUCUUUUUGCGGGAAGUUGACUACUAGGCGAAUUGCUGGAGAAAUUAGCAGGGUAAUCAAACAAUUUAUACAGCGCGCUCGUCGUUUGUAUGAUUUUGUAUUUAUUUAAAGAAGUGAUGGCUGGUUCAGUUGGCGAUUUUGGGUUUUAGAUGCACCAAACUGAACUUCUGCAUGUACUUGUGCGACCGGCCUAUCUGUUUGGAAGAAAACCGCUUGUGAUCUGCGAUUAGAUGAGAUGGUGAAGAAACAUGUGGUUGUUUUCAGUAA